AUGGAGAGGAAACAGGAUGAACAGCAGCUACACGCCGUAAGGUUUGCAGCUGGAGCCGCUGUGCUGAUGGCGUGUUUGGAACGUGCCACCCUGGUUUCGUUUUUUGAGCAGUGGCGAGUUUUUGUGUUCAUUGCGCUGAAUCUCUUACUCUUAGCCAUUCUGUUCACAUCUGGCAACUAUCAUACACACCCAAGUAUAACAAAUGAAGUGAUUGAAACUGACGCUCAAGGAGAGAAGACAGGUCCAGAGGAUGAGGCACCGACGCUGCAAUGUAGUACCCUGGAGAAAACAAAAUAUCAAGAUGUUAGCAAGAUGUUAAAGAGUGAAAACAAAACAGAGACGGUGGAUCAAAAGUGUAAAUUUGACGAAGGAGAAGAAAUUGAAGAUGAAGAUGAUAAUAAUAAAGCAAGUGGGCUGUCAAAGGAGGAACUCAAUGAAAAGGUGGAGGCUUUCAUUACCAUGUUUAGACAGAAAUAUCUUGUAUCGGAGCAACCUAAGAUUAGGAGAAGAAACAGUUUUCAGCUACCGGCUCAUAAUCCUCACAUCAGUGUACCGCCUCGUAUCAGUGUAGGAUAGUCAUGUAACACGAGUUUUAAUUCAUUUUUCUGGAUUUCUUCAGGAUGGUGGUAUUGACUUAAUGCUAAGUUACCAUUAAUCUUUUCUUUCUUAAAA